AUGUCACCAAUUGAGCUCCAUGUCUGGAACAGGGCGUUCGGACUGCCGUCCCUAGACCCCGAAUGUCUUGCGGCAAUUGCUUUCCUGAGCUCUGCGAUACCUCAAGACCUUUGGGUACUUGUGGAGAGUAACAAUGCUGGUGUUUCGCCGAAUGGAUCAUUGCCGGCACUCAAAGACGGUUCACAAUGGAUUGGUGGCUUCGACGCGAUAGUCUCGCACCUCAACUCCAAAAGCGCAGGCGGUUCUGAUAUCGAUAGAAGCCUGACGGGUCUGCAGAAGGCCCAAUCUGUAGCAUACCGCUCCUUCAUCCGCAAGACAUGCCUUCCUAUAACCUCCCUCUCCCUCUAUGUCACCAGCAAGAACUGGAUAAACGUAACCAGACCUCUAUACUCUACCUUCCUCCAAUUCCCCAUCCAAUAUGAAAUCCCACAUACCCACCACGCACGAGCAAUUGCCUUAACCGCUCACCUUACAUCCCUCAUCCGAGACAUAGCAGCCGAAGAGUCUCGGCCCCUACAGCCGGUUUCCACUGCCUUUGCCGGCAUCACCACUACUACGGACAAGUCUAUACCCCAGGAAAAAGAAAAGAUAACGACUCGUGUCAGACUUCGUAACCUACUGGCUGACUUCCUAGACCCAAUCAACGAGAAGCUUGCAGGACAAAGUUACUUUUUUGGUGGUGCAUCUCCUACCACCAUCGAUUGUUUGCUCGUUGGCUAUCUCUCCCUCUUGCUCGUUCCGGACCUUCCAUCUCCCUGGGCGAAAGAGAUACUCCAAAAUGAGUUUUCAGAUAUAGUUGGUUAUGCAGAUAACUUAAAAUCUGCUUGCUUCACACAAGAUAUAACCUACGGUACUCCAGACGAAAACGACAAACUAACGUUGAUAAGCUGGACGAAACGUACCAUCGAGGAAUCACCUCGAUCAUGGGGCGUAAGCGAUGAGAUUCCACUCAACCAAGAAGGUCACAAAGCUCGGUCAACAGCGUUUUGGGUUGCAGUGCAGGGAGUCAUUGGGUUGGCGGCGACGAUUGGAAGUGUAGUUGCUUAUAAGGCGUUGACGACUGAAGGGAAGGUAGAUGUCGAGCUUAAAGAGGAAGUUGCAGGGACAGAGGUUUACUCGACGGUCAGGGGGGCCGUAGGGGAUGUAGAGGGCACCGGGGCUUCAAAUAACGGGGCCGAGGAGGGGAGACUCCCGAUAUUCAGAGCGGAAGAUAUGCUGGGGCUGUAG